CCAACCAAAAGCAACCGUGGGAACAACUCUUUUUGUUCAUCAUCUGUCUUCACAUUGCGCCUGCAAUACAGAUUAAGACAUAUACACAUAAACAAACACAUACUACAAUUUUUUGAUAUGAUAUUUAUUCACAUUCAAAUCCAUGCCGGCCAAGCCUUUCACAUUCCCAAUUGCAAGACGAGUUGAUGGAGGCCAUUGAACACACCACCAUAAACACUAAUGGCAUCAACAUGCACAUCGCCUCCAUAGGCACUGGCCCAGUCGUUCUUCUUCUCCACGGCUUCCCCGAGCUUUGGUACUCAUGGCGCCACCAGCUUCUCUACCUUUCUUCGGUUGGAUAUCGAGCCAUUGCCCCCGACCUUCGGGGCUUUGGCGACACCGACGCCCCUGAAUCACAUACAGUCUACACUCCCUUCCAUAUUGUGGGAGAUUUGGUUGGGGCUUUGGAUGAGCUUGGGAUUGAGAAGGUGUUUGUUGUAGGCCAUGAUUGGGGGGCCAUCAUUGCUUGGUAUCUUUGCUUGUUUAGGCCUGAUAGAGUCAAGGCAUUGGUGAACCUCAGCGUCCAUUUCCUUCGAAGAAAUCCAACCAUUUCUUUUGUUCAAGGUUUUAGAAUUGCCUUUGGUGAUGACUUCUACAUUUGUAGGUUUCAGGUUCCUGGAGAGGCUGAAAAGGAUUUUGGGUCCAUUGACACAGCUGAGUUAUUCAAAAAAUUUCUUUGUGGAAGAUCUCCGGAUCCUCCAAUAUUGUCUAAAGAGUUUGGAAUUCGUUCUAUCCCAUCCCCACAAAACCUUCCUUCUUGGCUCUCACAAGAAGAUAUCAACUAUUUUGCAACCAAAUUUAACCGCACUGGCUUCACCGGAGGAUUUAACUACUAUCGAGCUCUCGACUUAACUUGGGAGCUGAGUGCAUCGUGGAAUAAAGCACAAGUCCAAGUGCCGGUUAAGUUCAUCGUCGGGGAUUUGGAUCUGACCUACCAUUUUCCGGGAGCCAAAGAAUAUAUCCACAAUGGAGGAUUCAAGACGGACGUGCCAUUUUUGGAGGAAGUAGUUGUAAUGGAAGAUACUGCCCACUUCAUCAACCAAGAAAGGCCACAUGAAAUCAGUGCUCACAUCCAUGACUUUAUCAAGAAAUUCUGAUCAACUUCCACCCAAUUGUGUUUAUUGGGACUUCGAAUUUCUUGCAGCAGUUUGAGUUCUCCACUUGUCCUUACUUUUUCCAAAGACUUUGAAUAAUAAAGAUCAGGAAAUAAAAAAUCAUUUUCAUUGAAAUUCAAA